AUGUCUUCCCUGGAGCCAAGGCGAAUGAAUAUCGGAGCAAGUCUGCAACUUUUGUACAGUUCCGUUGCUAUGAUUUUGACAGACGAGUCAUUUUCGACUACCGAGUACUUGUCUCCAGGAUCUCUUUGCUUCCUCGACGACAACCUGGGGGUGGUAGAAAGGAAUUUUACUGAUUGUGCAGUGCCAAAUGGUCUAUACCUGUUGCGAGCGUGUAUUACUACAGUUGAUUGUGGUUCCCUCACUAAUCCCACCAAUGGACAAGUGGACACAUCAAAUGGAACCACCCUUGGGAGUACAGCUAUCUACAACUGCAGCACUGGCUUUACUCUCAAUGGAAACAGCUCCAGGACUUGUGGUAGCGAUGGACAAUGGAGUGGGUUCCAACCAACUUGUGAAGUGCUAGAUCCAUGUCAAUCUAAUCCUUGUGACGUCAACGCAACGUGCACUAGAAACAGCGUGUCGAAUUCUAAUUUCACAUGUGCCUGCAACUUGGGACUUGUGGGAGAUGGUUUCACUUGUGAAACUCCUGGUCCAUGCCAUUCUAAUCCCUGUGAUGUCAAUGCUGUAUGUACCAGAGACAGUGUACUGAAUUUUAAUUUCACAUCUGCUUGCAAUUCUGGAUUUAUGGGAGAUGGUUUUACUUGUGACAUAUUAGCUUCUGGGUCUGGGUCUGGUGAACUUGCUUGUAAGUGUAAUAGGAGUGUGGAGUGUAGCAUCGAGGGGAAGCUGACUGGCCAAUCAGAAGCUACUGUGACUGGUAUGGACCUCAAGUGUACUAUUAUGUUCUCAAAUGAGGGGAUUGAUACUGGAUCAGGCAGCAACUUUGUGAUAGACGAGUCAUUCUUGACUACUGAGUACUUGUCUUCAGGAUCUCUUUGCUUCCUCGACAACCUGGGGGUGGUAGAAAAGAAUUGUACUGAUUGUGCAGUACCAAACGGUUUGCCUGUUCAGAGUAUUCGUCCGUUAAUGUUUACGUACAUUCGUGAGGAUGGAUCUUUUGGCAGUGGUAAUGUGACAAGUGACAACAUGAACCAACAGUUUGCGUUCGGUGUUGGUUUUGAUCUGGAAACACCGUAUGACAUACAUGUAGAUAGUAGAGGUCUGGACAAUGAGAACCAGUGCUCCUUGGACAAUCUCUUGCAGUGGCUCUCUACACAACCCCCACCCCUCUACACAGCCGAGUGCAGAGAGGGUUUAGACGGAGAAAGCACCGACAUAUUCUUUAUUGUUGAGUGCCCGAAUAUGGGUGGUUAGUCUGACUCUUUUUUUAUUUACUUAGAGAUUCUAGUUUUUUGGCAUGGACAGUCAUAUUUUUUGUAUAUAGGACAUGUUUAUUAGCGUAUUGUUACAACACUAUAAAUAUCCCAUUUUGCCCCAAUAAUAAUUUAUCAUCGAA